UGUUAGACGUUGCGCUCCGGCUAAAUUGUGUGCCAAGAAAAUACAAUAAAUUAACGAAAAGAAAGCGAAAGCGUUUGUUAUCAUAUCGAAAAUCUAUCGUUAAGAUAUUUUGAUUAUUUGGUUUUUAAAAUACAAGCACUGUUGACUCGCUCGCAACUAACUAUUGUUUACUGGCUACCCCGCGUGUGGCGGGUGGUUUAUUUACACACGUCAACAACACCACCAUGGCGUCCUUGAGCCGCCAAUGUAAUCCGCGCGCCAAUGUCUUUCUAAUGGUCAACUUGGGCUGUGAAAUGCUCUAUGUGAUUGAUCAGCGUUUGAAGGCGCAACAAAUUUGUGAGGAAAAGUCAACGCAAGUUAUUCACGAUGUGACCGUCGUGCUACUGGAGCCAAAAUUCAUCGAUUCUCUGAUCGUUGGCUCGGCGCACAACAAUUCUCAACUACUUACCGUCGAUCAUUGCAAAUACAUGUUGAACGACAUAGCCACCUCAUCCAUUAUGCGUCUCGAUAAAAGCUCCAUGGACAAGCUGUGGAAUCUCAUGACAAUGAUCUACAAGUGGCAACUUUUCAUCUCCAAACACCCACAAAAUUUACUCGACAUCACUUUUCGCCACCUAGAAGCCAUCAGUCGACUACGACCCGACGCGAAACGAACGAUGCUCGUUGAUUUCACAAAAAAUGUGCUUCUAGACUUCUGGAAUGCACUGGGCGAUGACGGGCAGUGGGGUGUGUAUCUCACGAAUAAGGCGUGGCUGCAAUGCUUCAAUACGAAAAUUUCAUUACUCAUCCGCCUCGGGUUCCAAUCAUUGGAUGGCACAUUUGUGCGUGCAGUGGAUGCGAGCUAUUACAGUGAAUUUGUUGAAACCAUCGGUGAGAAUAUCUAUGUGAAGAGCGUUGAAACAGCGGAACAACAGCGACCAGACACCGAUGCCAGCACAGGUGGGGUGGCGAAGCAACGCGUCGAUCAUCUAGCAGAGCUGCUAAAUUUGCCACAAACGGAUAGUGAAGAACUGCAACCAAUCGAUGCGAAUAGCUUCCAAAAGCAAUUCGAACAGAAUUUGCAACAGUGCAAUAUUUUAUUUUUCGAUUUGGAUGUGAAUGAGGUGACGGACACAGCGAGCAAGUUGGCUGAUGGUGGAGAGGAGCAGUUAGAUGAUGCAGAAACGGGUGCUAAAGCAAAUAUUGUUGCUGGUGGUGGUGGUGGUGGUGGUGGUGGUGGGGGUGCGACACUGCCCGAUUCCUCGACGAUGUUGGUGCCGUCGAAACGACGCGCUCAAGGUGAAUUUGUGCAGCUGCCGGCGGUGUACAAUCGCAAUGCGGAUGCAGGGCGCGCAAGCGCAUUGGGUUUAAAUAGAGAUUUGCUAGAUUUAUAUAGCAAAAUACUGUGAGCAGAUGAAGGAGGUGGUGCAGCAAGCAGGGGAGUAGUGGAAGUUGGAGGGAAAUAACGGUUUCACUUUACACACAUACAUACACAUAUACAUAUGUACAAGUAUAUAUAAGUGCUGUUAUGGCGCACACGUACAUGUGCAUAUGUGUAUGUG